UAUUAGCCCUAGCUACCCUUCCGCCGCUGCUCCUCACUCGCGCGCGUGUCGUGUUGCGUUUGGUUAGCGCCGCGGCUGCGCUGCUAGGGUUAGGGUUUGCGGGUGCGCGCGCGGGCGCGGGCGCCCGUGCAUGCGCGUGGGAUGACGCCGCAGAGGUCGCCGGCGGGGGGGUUGGGAGGAGGGGGCGGGGGGACGCCGGCGCUGCACUACCUGAGUGGGCCGUACGGGGACACGACGUUCACCAAGGUCUUCGUGGGGGGGCUCGCAUGGGAGACGCGCAGCGAGGGGCUGCGCGCGCACUUCGAGGUGUACGGGGACAUCCUCGAGGCCGUCGUCAUCACCGACCGCGCCACGGGCCGCUCCAAGGGCUAUGGAUUCGUGACCUUCCGGGACCCAGAAUCGGCAAGGAUGGCUUGCAUGGACCCAUACCCAGUGAUCGAAGGGCGGCGCGCUAAUUGUAAUCUCGCCAUCCUGGGGCGGUCUGGUCCAGCUGUGCCUUUUGUAGCACCUAUAAGGCCGGUCAUCCCUUACAAUGGAGGUGUGGCGGUUCCAGGGGGAAUGUAUGUGCAAAGCCCAACAUAUCAGCAGCCACCCUACAACUACUCACAGGCCUUUGUAUACCCUUCUUAUGGGCCAUCAACAUAUGGACCUGAAUACUUAUAUCAGCAGCUUUGUAGAAUGCAUAUGGUCCAUAUGGUGGACAGCAGUAUGUUCCAGUAUAUGGUGGACCCAGGACAACAGGCCCAGCAGUUUACCCAUAUGGGCAGUUUGGCCAACAUGUACCAAGUGAUCAUGCUUAUUCGCCUAGUUAUGUACCAAGUCAUGGUCUUCCACUGUCAAAUCAGAAUGGUAAUGCUGCAAAUGUUGUGCGCAUACCAGUGGUUCAGCAACAAUUUCCUCCAGGAGCUCCACGCCCUCAGCAACAGCUCUUGAUCCCUGCUCGUGCCCCGCAAUUCCCACAGAACAAUAUUUCUGAACAAGCAUCGGGCUGACAAAAGGAUGCCAGAAAGUGACAAAUUUGAGGUAUCCUAUAGUUUGCAGCAGGACUAAGAACAGCAGUACUGCUAAUUGGGCGGCAUGCUUCUUUUCUUGCAAACUGUUAUCUUUUGCAUUCUAAAGGUUGUCCUUAUUCAUGGUGACCAGAAAUCCUUAUAAUGUGAACGUCGAGCUGCUCCGUCGGAUGGGGUAGAAAAGUGCGAGGUGGAAGAUGAAGCCACUCUUGCUCAACUUCUGUCAGUGUCUGUACAUUCCCCAUCUGCCAGAAAUUCUGAUAGCUGGUGAUCUGUGCAUGGACCAAAGUGGAUCCGGAAAUGGAGUCCGGACCCCAACCUGUGUAUAAUAGCUCAUGUAGGUCCAAAUCGUAGAACAGGUCAAUUCUUUCAAAGUGCUGAUGCAUCUGGUUGUGUAUAUUUAUUCUCUUCGUCAUUUUUCGUUCCUUCAAUGCAUGUGUUCAUGUUGCAUUAGGGCAUAGGUCUUUCAAUGCAAUUGCGUCGCCAUGGUCCUGUACCCUUCAUAAACUGUGAAACUGUAUAUCAUCUAUAUGAACGCAUAAUCAAAUAAUAACAAUCUUAUCCUAGAAAAGGAUGUGAUUUGUUGCAAUUGCAAUGCA